AUGCUCUGUGAAACCUUGUCCUUUGCUGUUUCUGACAUUCACAAGCAGGUGAAAGAUGCACUGCCAACACCAGGAGACUGGACUGUGGUGAAGGAUUUCAGGAGGCAGUGGAGGAGCUGGAGGACACAGUGGGCUCGAGUGCACCGGCUUCAGCUGGGAUACAUAAAAGACCGGGUGGAUCCGCAGCAAAUGGGGCAGCCGAAGUCGGAUGGCUGCCGGAUUGACCACCCGGUCAACGACAAAGGGACCAAUGACUGCGCCCAGCCCAGAGUCAGAGGCAUCCACCUCCACUAUGAGAUGACGAUCCGGGUCCGGCUGAGUGAGGAUGGGAGCGGUAGCGAACCGGUUCUUAAGCUGGGUGAAUGUGGAGUCGGCCUGAGAAGUCCACUGAAAGGUGGUUUUGGAGGAAGUGAGUGCAGUGAGGGGAGCUGCCACCUGACUGAGUCCGCGGAUGAAAUGCUGAAUAAAAAGAAUCUUUUGACUUUUGGUGCGUGGAAUGUACGCACCCUCCUUGACAGGGAAAAUACAGUUAGACCACACAGACGGACAGCGCUGAUAGCAGGAGAGCUUGAGCGCUAUGGAAUCGACAUCGCUGCCUUAAGUGAGACAAGUCUUGCCGACGAUGGUUCCAUCUGUGAACCCAACGGAGGAUACACUUUCUUCUGGAAAGGUAAAGAACAACAGGAUGAUAGAAUUCACGGUGUUGGCUUUGCCAUUCGCAGUACCCUUCUUUCAAAGCUCCCUGAAGUCCCAGUGGGUAUCAAUGAAUGCCUGAUAAAGCUCCGUAUCCCGUUGUCUCAUGCUCGUCACCUAACCAUCAUCAGUGCAUACGCCCCCACACUAAACAGCUCAGAAGAUGAUAAAGAGUCAUUUUACGAAAACCUUGACUCCAUUGUGAAACACACCCCAAGAGGACUGAUCAUCCUUGGAAACUUUAACACAAGAGUGGGGCAAGACCACGAGAGCUGGGAGGGUGUACUCGGAACCCAGGGCGUUGGAAAAAUGAACAGCAGUGGUCUUCUUCUUCUGACCAUGUGUGCAGAGAACAGACUUACGAUCACAAACACACUAUUUAGGCUCCCGACCAAGUACAAAACCUUGUGGAUGCAUCCCCGGUCCAAGCAAUGGCACCUUAUUGAUUAUGUCAUUGUUCGAAAGCGAGACAUCAGGGACGUUCACAUCACAAGAGCCAUGAGGGGAGCUGAGUGUUGGACGGACCAUCGACUUAUCAGGUCCACAUUCUGCCUGCACAUCGCACCAGUGCAUCACAAAAAAACGAAGUCUCUAAGAACAAAAUUCAAUACCUCCAAGCUUAAGCAGCCAGCUGUCAAAGAGCAAUUCCAGUCAGAACUCGAGAAUGCUGUAUCUGCCCAUGGACCACUUACUGGAACUCCAGCAGAUAAAUGGAACCAACUCAGAGUCAUGUUUACUGAGGCGGCUGAGCACAUUCUUGGACCCCAAAAAUGCGUACAUCAGGACUGGUUUGAUGACAAUGACCAGACCAUCGCGACGCUCCUGAAGGAGAAGCAUGCUGCAUUUGUCAAGUGGCAAAAUGAUAUCUCCUCUGUCGCAAAACAAGAUGGCUUUAAAAGCAGAGUAAAGUUCAAAGGGAGCUACGCAGAAUGCAAGACGCCUGGUGGGACAACAAAGCCGAUGAGGGUGGGCUUUAUAGGGUUAACCAGCAUCUGGGUGGAAGAAGCUAUGCCUGAAGAGUUCUGUGAUGCCAUCAUUAUAUCACUUUUCAAAAACAAAGGCAGCAAAGCAGACUGUGGGAACUAUUGUGGAAUGUUGCUCCUGUCAAUCGCCGGUAAGAUACUUGCCCGAAUCAUUUUAAAUCGUCUAAUUACCACCAUAUCUGAAGAGACACUUCCUGAAACGCAAUGUGGUUUUAGGCCUAACCGAAGUACCAUGGACAUGAUCUUUUCGAUAAGACAGAUACAGGAGAAAUGCACCAAACAGCACCUUGACCUGUACAUGGUCUUCAUUGACCUUACUAAAGCCUUCGACACUGUCAACAGAGAAGCCCUUUGGCUAAUCCUGGAGAAGCUCAGCUGCCUGAACAAGAUGAUCCGUAUCAUCUGCCUCUUUCAUGAUGGCAUGGUUGGCUCUGUUUUAACCAGAGGCGGUACCUCAGCCCCAUUCGCAAUAUCCAACGGGGUAAAGCAGGGCUGUGUCCUUGCGCCAGUGCUGUUUAACCUCUUCUCCUGUGUUCUGAACCGCGCCCUCUGUGAUCUCAAUAAUGGGGUGUAUCUAAGGUACAGGUUGGAUGGAUCCCUCUUCAAUUUACGAAGACUGGUGGCCAGCACGAAGACUACUACCAAGCUGAUCCAAGAAGCCCUCUUUGCGGAUGACUGUGCUUUGAUGGUGCAUACAGAAUCAGACCUACAAACCCUAACUGAGAGCUUCUCCCAGGCUGCACGCCUGUUUGGUCUGUCAGCCUUUCCAAGAACGAAGCUCUUCACCAACCUGCGCCCGGAUCGACAGCCCCUUCACUGA